AUGCGGUGGCCGCAAGCCUACUUUGAAGCCGUCAAGGUUGCAGACAAAGUCGCCGCUAAGGAAGGCUUCAAGGAUCUCGAAGAUUACAAGUCGUCGACUUUCCAUUGGCGGCCCACUGAUCACCUUCCUAUCAUUGCUUACCAUCGCCUUGUCGGCGAUGGCUGGACAACUGAACAUCUCUUCGUCGAGGCCGGUCUAGGACCUCUUGAGACCCUGUUGAGGGCUUAA